GACCGAUGAGUCUACUUGACACCCGGAGACUCCGAAUUCUGGAUCCGCCUCUGGUUCCUACAAAGUAUGAAACUGCAUUAGUCGAGUUAGUGGGUUUCAGAUACUAGACAUAUAAACCCAAAAAAAAGGAACUUGAAAUAUUUUUCCGUAACUAUUUUAUCUUUCUCAAAUCACAGAAGAUAAACUGAAUGGUGUCUAUAAAGUAAUUUACUUCAUUUCCCCAGCGUUUUUUUUUUCCCUUCUAAGCAAGCUACCAGCUGCAUUUUAACAGUAAACAUAUUAUUCUCUUCACCUUAAAUUGCACCUUUUCACCUAACAAUUUCUUUCAUCAAAAUACUCCCACAAACUUUUUUCCCCAAACCUCUUAUCACAUCUUUUUUCUUUAAUUAUUUUGUAGCAAGAAAUCCACCCACAGCUCACUAUAUAACUGAUGCACACUCACCUUCUCCCUCCACCAUCUGAAAACUUCAAAUUAAUCUAAAUCAAGAAAGAAAAAUGACUUACAACUUAGUGUUAUCUUUUCUUUUCUUGUUCCUUUUCUUGCUCCAAUUCACUUGCAUUUUGGCUCAAGCACCUGCUAUGGCUCCAAUGCCACCAACUCAAUCUUUGGCUCCGGCUUCACUUCCCCCAGCUCAACCUUCUGCUCCGGCUUCACCGCCACCAACUAUAUCUUCUCCUCCGGCACCAAUAUCGUCCCCAAUUGUAGCCUCUGCUCCAGGACCACCUGGUCCGCCAAACGUUAUAAAAAUCCUUGCGAAAGCUGGAUCAUGUUCGACGUUCAUCAAGUUGUUACAAAUCACUCAAGAAGUGAGUGAAAUCACCUCAUUACUAAACAACUCCAAUCGCAUAACCAUGUUUGUUCCAUCGGAUGGUGCUUUCUUGAACCUGAAAACUGGCACCCUCAACUCUUUUAGUGAUCAGCGGAAAGCUGAAUUGGUUAAAUUCCAUGUCCUCACCAGAUAUUUCUCCCUUUUACAGUUCCAAACGGCUAGCAACCCUUUACAGACACAAGCCGGUGGAACCACUAAUCGUGAAUUCCCCAUCAAUAUAACCACCAACGGGACAGCAGUGGACAUAGCAACUGGGAUUGUGAAUGCAAGUGUGACCAGUACAAUUUUCAAUGAUAAUCAGUUAGCUAUUUAUCAGGUAGAUAAAGUGCUCCUGCCUUUGCAAUUUUUUGUCCCACCAUUACCACCAGCACCUGCUCCAGCGCCCCCAAAGCCCAAAAAGGACGUUCCUUCAACGGAUUCUUCCCCUGUUAAUGUUGUUCCAUCUGAUGCCACUUCUCUUCUUCCCCACAUACUUCAGGGAAUUGUCUAUCCCGGCUCCUUUUUCUUCUUCUCUCUUUGCUUUGAGUAUAUGAGUUAAGAAGUCGUACACAUGUCUGCGUGUUUGGGGUGUUAUGUUAUGUACAUUUAAGUGGAAUUUAAUAAGAUGUUAUUUUUCAGUGUGUAGUCAAGCAUGCUUGAAUGUUGCAUAUAAUGUAAUCUUUUAAAGAAUUUGAACAUCAGUUAUAAGAUAUGGGUAAAGCAGCUCAAUUCCUCUGCUUAAGUUUUCUUUA